AUGUCGAGCGUCGGCUCCGUUCCUCCGUUGGCCGGCACCGGCGUCGGUCGGCACAACGUCUUCGUAUACGGGACCCUGCUGGAGAAUGAGAUCGUCGGGGUUCUCCUCAAGCGCGUCCCUCCUUCCUCCCCGGCCGUCCUCCAUGGCUAGUGCGUCUCUCCCCUCUUUCCGCAUCGCUCUCUCUGCUUCGUUCCCCAUUUACAUCGUCCCUCGGAUUUUGUUCUCAGUUCUCUUUCUGUUUCCCGCAAAGUAUCUUGUCGUCGAUUUGUGGACUGUUUUCCCAUUCGCUCUCACACAUGCAUGCACACGUUAGGCAUGUGCAUACGUUUGCUUCAGUCUGUUCGGCGACGCAUGCGGAGAUAACUAAGCAAGGCUCUGGAUGAUGAAAUCCUCCAGCAUCGGUUUCCUCGGAAUUCUCUUUCCUCAGUGUCAAUUUCUAUCAUCUAUUUUUUAGCUGAGUUUCUACCAAAUGUUCGUCUGUUAAAUUACGAAAUGUGAAGCAUCCCACGCUAUUUAAGCCGCGGUUAAGACCCCCAAACUUUUCUCUUAUACUCUACUCAGUGAUCUUCCAAAGUGGCGCUCCUUGUAUAACUAAUCAUAAAAUUCGUCCAUAAAUUUACCACUUAGCCAAUCGUAAAAGUCUAUAUACACGUAGAAAAUGUUUUCACGUUUGAAUUUCACAGGUCAACGCAUUCACCGAAUUGACACCCUUCGAAUUUCCAUUUCCUGUUGAGGCAUCCUAUAGGUAGUAUUGUUGUAGUCCAUCAGGAACUUUGCUGGGGGGUCGGAUGAUGGCAAACAUCAAGGUUUAGUGAUUCCUCUGUAGCGAAGUAACCCGUUUUUCUUCAAUAAUAGAUUCCUCAUUGUUUACCUGAGACCAAAUAUCCUCGGGUUGUAGAUAUCUGCCCAUAUUUUAGCAUGCUGUAUAUCUCCUAAAAAAUUGUGGGACAAUCCUUCCGCGAAUACUCCAUUGAUAAAGUUACCACUCGUUUACUUAUGUGGCUAUUUUAAAGCGCCUACUAAUAAAUUAUUGCCAUCAUACAGUCAAAGGUUUAGUAUUAAAGGGUGCAGCUAUCCAGCAAUAAUUCCUGUGGAAAACAAGAAGGUCGAUGGAAAGGUGAGGUUCGUUAUCGUGUAAGGUUACCUAAAGUUUGUAGGCUUUCAGUGAAAAACUUCUUCAGAAUACUGUUAACACUAGGUGAUGCAUAAGGUGUCUUUUUUACUGAUGGUCUGACCUAAAUAUGUCGUCAUUGCCAUGCAGUGCACCUUCUCAUAAAAUUACUAUGUUAAUAUUUCUACAUUACUGUAAGCGCGUUGUGGAUUCUGAAAGGGUCUCAGUCAAAAUAUUGACAUCCUGGAAACCAUGUAUCAUAGAAUUUACCAUUGCAUAGUAUAACCCUGGUGUCAAUAUGCAUCUGCUUUCUAUUAUGUUGACAUGUAGCUUUCUCCUGGUUAAAAAAUGACCCAUGCAUCUGUUUUUUUCCUUCUCCUCCUAAUUCACAUGUAGUUGCAUUGGUAAACCAAAAAAAUUCUUCAGUGGUUGCAUAGAGACCUUGCCUAUACCGUCAGCCCAAUGGUUUGCUGGUCACACUCACAGAUUUUAUUUGCAACCUUAUAAGCUUUCUUCGUUUUCCUAUAAGAAGGCUGCACCACUUACCAGGUUUCUGCUAUCUGACUCUGCCAUUCCCGGCACCUUCAUUUUAUGUAUCGUUCUGGCAUCAUGAUCUACUUACAUUAAUGCGAUGCCGUAUCCCUUCUCAUCGCUAUCAUCAUUGUCAAUACAUACCGAUUCAGGGAUAAAAGCCAGACAGGUCUUUUCCUCAAUUUUUGGCAUCGCUCUUGAUUUUCUCCUUUUUGAAAUUUCUACAUGGUCAUAUCGAUUCAACUCUCUUGUUUCUUUUAAGAAGAACCUUCUCCAUAAGAUUCCAGUUCUCUAAGAAGAUACUCAUAGGUGUUGGUUUGUACCCUCUUCACAUUUUGAUUAAUGUCAUCUUUGAUGCAGGUUCUGUUGGGUAUCACAGACAUUGAACUGGGUAUAUUUGAUGUUUUUGAGGAUUUUGAAUACGAGAGAAGCGUUGUGGAGGUUUCUGGGAUGGUAAGAAUUUUCAAUUAUUCAUAUGUACCUUCUGUGACGAAUAAUGAAGUCUCUUAGUUUGCUGCUUCUAAACUGUAUUCCUGGCAUAGCUUGAAAUCAUAGAAUUUUUCUCACAUUAAGCAAUAACUUACUACUAAGCUACUGAUAGUAAGCUUUUUACUACAAGACUGACCAAAAAAAAAAAAAAAAAACACGUUUGUACUCUUUCCUAUUGGAGUGGUUCUAACUGGGAGGCAAAUAAUAUCUGAGAACGUACAGGGUUUCCGUUUAUAAUUGUUCUGAUGGGAUUUUUAAUUAGAUUUUGCGAACUGAUUCCUUAUUAAUUUUGAAACCGCUGGUAUCUCUAGUCCAGUACGCAUGUCAAAUAAGGACCGAGUUACAUUAUAUUCUGAGCCAAACAUUCCCCAAGUUUAUCUGAUUACUUAAUACGUGUAACAUUUCUUUGAUGAUUUUAUAUCUACAAAAAUCCAUGUGCUUAUCUCAAAAUUUCAAAAAUAUAUGUCAUGUCAUCCCUAGAACAUCUCAUCUCCUGUGCUAUUGCGUUUAACAACCUUGUCCACUGGAAUUGGAGUUUUUCUUUAGAAACUUUGCUUAACAUUCUUAUGACUACCAUUAUGGUGAAGGGUAUGUUGAAGAAGAGUCACGUUUUAUGAAUUGUGUUCUUUCUAUUAGUCAUAUCACAGAUUAUAGUUUAUUUUAUUGGAUUUUUAAUUAUAAAUAUUCUUUUGAGUUGUAUUGUGCCUAAAACGUGUCUUCCAGCCCUACCCAAUUUUUUGUUGGUUCAUUGAAGGUCAUAAUGAGAUAUUCAUUUUCUUUUUAUUCCGAAAAUAUUGAUAAGCCUUGUUCUCGUCUGGAUUGCGGUCUUUCUGGUCACUGAUGGUUCUCCUCCUCGUGAUAAAAUAGCAUGUUUUGAAAUAAUCGAAAUAGUUUAAUUUUUUAUUUUUUUUUUGUGACUCAAAACAAUAAAAUAGCGAGCAAACUGACAGGUCAAGCCUCCUGGUUGCAGCAUCUGUGACUGUUUCUUACUCUCCUGUUACUAACGUCGGCGUGUUGUAGGAUCAUCCGGGGACGUUGCUCGCUUAUACAUAUGUCUGGGUCGAGAAAGAUGACCCAAAAUUGGAGGGAGACUGGGAUUUCAAUGUAAGUAUCCUUCCUCCUCUUUAUCCACCGGCUGACUUUCUAAGACUCCCAAUCUAUCUGUUGAAUUGGAUUUUCAUCAUUGUUCAUGCGAUGCUUCCCCCUUGUUCCACUGUUCCUCCCAACUAAUAAUAGUCAACGCGCAAUGCACAAAGACGCUCUGUCUCAAGUCCGGGGAUACUCAUCCCCAACUUACCUGAACCCUCUUUUAAACAGCAGAUUUAGUUCACUAAUUUCCUCACCAUAGAAACAAUGUGGAUUGUUUAAUAUUCGAGCAUGUAUUUAUUUGCAAACAUCUAAAUCAGGGAGGAAUUACAUGACGACGAAGAACAUCGGAUUACAACAUGGAGUAGAGAGUUGACCAGAGCCUCACCUCACACUUUUGACUUUCCUAGGCAUGGAGAGAGCAGCAUCUCGAGGAAUUCCUGGAGGUGGUUGAGAAAUUCAUCGAAGAGUAUGUGGCCGCAGAACCCAACGCGCCCCUCUGA